AUGAGGUCUAUGGAAGGAAAGGCCCGCAGCUACUACUCGGAAGACGUGUCCAUGGGUAGCCAAAAAUUCUUAGAGAUGUUACUGAUGGAUGGCUGCUUCAUUUUGCAUUCUCUCAAGCAAUCCGCAGAAUUUCCGUUAGACGAAAUCAUUAUUGACUUGCUGAGGCUCGAGAACCAGAUCCCUUUCUUCGUGUUGGACAAACUGAGCAGGUGCGUCGAUCCUCCUCAAGAUAUCAUUCAACUUGCCCUGCAUUCCUUUGGUAAUCUCCGUACAUUGGGCAGUCGAUAUCUCGAUAUCCGCCCAGAUAUAGGGCAAGUCCGCCAUCUGUUGCACCUAUUUCGCUUGUCCUUGGAUCCUGCUGAGGUCAUGCCCAUACAUCCAAUCGUGAUACCAGACACCAUCGGACCAAGUCCAAGACAAGUUCCUAGCGCGACAUUGCUCCAGGAUCAAUCUGCUCUACAGUUCAAGAAGGGUACUGCGGAUAGCUUCCUGGACAUAAGAUUCCGCAACGGGUUGCAACUCAGUGAUGGGCUCAACACACUCUUCCACAAUCUCAUCGCCUUUGAGCAAUGUUACCCCGAAAUCGACCCUUGCGUCACAACCUUUGUAGCAUUCAUGGAUUGCCUGAUAAACGACGAAAGUGAUGUGAAUCUGCUUGAAAGGAGUGGGGUUUUGUUGAACAGCCUGCCCAACGACGGGGAUGCGGUCUUUUUCUUCAGAAAGAUGAGUUCAAGGUCUGAAUUUCGUUACUCGGGAUAUUUGAAUCGCGUACUUGGGGACUUGUAUAAAUAUCGGAACAGCAAAUGGAAAAUAUUCUGGAAAAGGUUCUGGAAUAGGUUGUAUGAUGUUCUAAGGCUCAAUUAUUUCUCCAAUGUAUGGGCGUUCCUCUCGGUGGUGGCUGCUAUUCUCCUCCUCAUUUUCAGCUUUAUACAGGCCUUCUAUUCUGUCCUCAGUUAUUAUCAUAUGUAA